CUGCUUUAUAAAUAAUCGAUCAAACGUUUUUUAUUUAUGGAAAUACAAUACGCGAUAAACAUCACCAAUUACAGCGCUCACCAGAGCCAAACGUAGAGUAGUUAACGAUGAAACGAUCAACGAACAUCGCCAGUCAAUGAGUAAUCGACUUUAAAAAAAGAGACACGAGAGAAUCGAUAUUGUUAUGAUCGUAGGAGAGGGCAAUGAAUGACGCGAUCAUUGGGCCAUGCCUCCUCCAGGCCCAUGUUUUCUUCAUUAAAAAAAGGAUUAGAAGACGUAUUUAAGGUAAAGGAUAAACUCUAUCGUUAUCUGUGAACAAAUGUCGAACACUAAAAUAAUAGUAAUAGAAAAGUCAUAGUAUAUUAAGUAUGUAGCCUCUUUUUUAGGUGACCGAAGGAGGUCCUGCACAGGAUGGAAGAGGACGUAGAUAAAAAAGAAGAACAAGAAGUUGUAGAGAAGCAACCCUGUUCUUCCCCUAAUGCAGACGAACAACUUACAUGUUCUCUCUAUCUUUCCUGCAGCGGUAUUCCUCGUGGUCAGGAUCACCAAGAUCAAGAUGGAGAAACUCUUCGGUCUCGAUUAGAAGAAGCUAUCGGUGCUUCCGAGCCUUCAGGUACAUGGCAAAUUUCUGAAACUUCUUGCGGCUUUAUUGUAACGUUCGAGCGAGAAACUGACGUGGAUAAUCUUUUACAACGUUGUGAUUUUACACGGCUUUUUGAAGGACCCGUACAAGUAGCUCGAUUUGCCCCAAGAGAUACUCGAUAUCGACAAGCCGUGUUACUUCGAGAUGUACCUUGGGCAAUACCUCUUCAAGAUUUAAGUUCUGCCUUGGCGAAACAAGGAAUAGCGACUGGAAUUAUCGAGAGAUCGCGUCAAUAUGUUCGCGUUGAGCUUUUGGAUGCGGAACAUUACGAACUUCUAUUAAGACAAGGAUUAGAUUUCUUCGGUGCUGCACGAUUCAGUGCUAUUCCCGAACGAUGGUGGCGUCCUGGAACCGGAAAUGCAGCUAUGCCACCAAUUCCUCCUGGUAAUUUCCCUCCAGGACAUCCUGCUGAAACAUCGAAUCCUCAUCAAGGCGAUGGUGUUCUUCAAUGCUAUCGAUGCCAAGGUUUUUGGCACGUAGCUGCUAAUUGUCGACAUCUUCCAAGAUGCGUUCGCUGUGGUGAACCUCAUAGCGUCGAGUUUUGUCCAAGGCCACGAAAUAGUCCUAUCUGUUGUCACUGUUCCGGUCCUCAUCAUGCGGGCUACCGACAAUGUCCUGUAAGAUUGCAAUUAUCCAAUGCUACUCCCAUCAGCAUCACUUUAAGCACGGUACGAGUCGAAGGUCAAUAUUCGAAUCCUACCAAUAAUAAAUCAGCAGCUUCUCCUCAAGGAUUGCAACCAUUAAAACCAAGUCAUUCUUAGGCUACUCAUUCUCUUCUUUCUUUUUUUGUCGAUUAUUCAAAAUCUUCUAGAUCUCUGCUAUAUUGACUCGAUACUAUACGAGAUAAGAUUCGUGAUCCAUGUGAUCCAUGAUUGAAGAUUGAUUAUAGACUUGUUCUCCGAUAACUAGGCUAUCGUGCCAAUGUUACGUGAAAGUUUCUCUUUUUAACGAAGAAGAACGUAACACGGAAGAAACGUUUCUUUCAUCUACGUUUAUUUCUACCAUGUUUUGUAAUUAUUUUCGAUUGAAUACGAAAUAUAUAUAUACUAUG